AUGCCUAAUGCCAUUGGAUGUAUUGAUGGAACGUCUAUUCCUAUACGAACACCAGCUCACAAAAUUAAAAGUACUUAUACAAAUAGACAUGACAUGCCAUCAAUUACACUACAAGGAGUAUGUGAUUACAAAAAAAAAUUUAUCGAUGUAUAUGGGGUACCUGGGGUACCUGGAAAGAUACACGAUGCCAGAGUAUUUGUUUUAUCUGAUCUAAGUAAAGAUCUACCAUCCAUAUGUGAUAAGAAGUACAAUUUACUUGGUGAUGGAGCAUAUCCUAUCCGAGAAUGGUUACUUGUACCGUAUAAGGACUAUGGAAAAUUAACUGAACCACAGAAAACAUUUAAUAAAACGUUAAGUUCUACAAGAGUGCUAAUUGAAAAUACGUUUGGUCUUCUCAAGUCCCGGUAUAAAUUUGGUCAUACCUUCAGUGAAAAUAACUUGAUGUGUAGUUUCUCUUUCACCUAA